AUGUCCGACGAAGUCUCCCAAUUUCUCGAGCAGGUCGAGCGCCUGCGCGGUCAACAGAUCGAAGAAGACGAAGUGAGAGCUCGUGAGCUCGAAGAUUACUUGGCUGCAAAGCGAGAAAGACAAGCUCGUCGAGAAGAACGUGCCCGAUCCAUCUCACCACAAAAGUCAUCACCUGCAAAUACUCCCUCACCACGUUCGAGUCGACGAAGUAUCCACCUCACCGAGGCAUUGAAGCUCGAUUCGCCAAGAUUCCAGAGGGACGAGAGUGCCUCGCGAUUGUCAGAAUCUGAGGCGAAAGCCGACACUUCAAUGGAUCUGAGCUCUUCACCGACCAAGGAGAACGAAGCUCCCUCUGACGUCGACACCAAAUCUGCAACCACACCACCUACCCGUUACUCUACACUGUCGUGGCAGCGAAGGCCCAACUCCCGUAGCGGCUCUACCCGCCCGUUAAGCAUGCUCGCAACCCAAAAUGCGACCCAACGGUCAUUUAUCGGGUCGCAUGAUUCCACACCUGCUCCUGCGUCAGCCACCGAAGAGACCUUCUCGAAGGAUCAGAUUGCCCAGUCUCUGGGAUCCAAGGACCCUUCAUGGUUCCGCCAAACAGCGGACCGAGGGGCAAGCUCGGCUGCUUACCGAAAGAACCAGGUUGAGGAUACAGACCGCCUAGAUAUGGCCUCAGUCAAGGCGCAAUUGCCGGGCAUGACUGAUGAACAAGUAAAGUCAAGCCCGCCCGUCGAAAAGCCUAUUGAGAAACCUGUCGAAAAACCUGCCGAGGAACCUGCUACGCCUACUAAAAUGAAGCUGGCAAACCCUCCAUCUCUCAACCCGCCUGGUUUUGAUGCUGCAGAAGACAAGUCUCUGGAUGGUCGUCUUUCAAACGCCUCUCCAGGCCGUUUGUCUCCCACUCGGUCCAAUUCGCGAUCCAGUUCGCCCACAAAGGGCAUGGGCGGCUUUGUCCAGAGUGCUAUGAUGAAGAGAUCAGACAGUGUCAAGCGAUGGAGCGUUACUAGCCCUCCAAGCCUCAACCGUGUCAAUUCAAUCCAAUCGAACCAAGGUCCUGGUCUGUCCUUGAAUACUCGCCCACAGAGCAGAUCAGGACCUGGAGCGACAACACCAGGCUCAAGUCGACCGACAUCACGACACGGAGAGUCUGAUAACGAGAUCACACCAAAAGCUCCUGCUCCUGCUUCUGCCCCUGCCCCUGCCCCUACCGUGGACACCGCUUUGGGUGACUCUGCUUUGCCCCUCAGUCCAACUAAGACAAUGGAUCCCCGAAGGUGGAGUCCGACAAAGUCAAGCUGGCUCGAGAGUGCCUUGAACAAGCCUCCCGAGUCCCCAAACAAGCCUCACCACAAGUCCAGUUCGUCGCAACCAGCAUGGAUGGCCGAACUUAACAAGAACAAGGGAGGUCUUCCUGAGGGAACUACCCGGCCUCGCCCAGGUUCUAUUUCUCACAAGCACCAAGUUAGCAUCGGGGGACUUAUGAGGUCUACUCCAAUGGGAACAGCAACAAAGACCAACACGACUGGCCUUGGCGGUAUAUACUCUCCCCCUCCUGGUGGAAACCGACCUCUUAGCAUGCAUGGCAGCUUGGGAUUCCCCAAGAGUGCGCCUAAGUUCGAACCUGAGACUCCCACCGAGGCAAAGAUUACCCAUUCUGAUUCUGAGCCUGUGCCCGAUCCAGAGCUUACUGAACAAGAGAAGAAGGCACCGGAGCCCACCAAGGAGGAGGCGAAAAGCCCCAAAGAAACAAAACCUGCUUCAACCUUUCCCACGACUAAGCCGGAGGCACCGAACAAGAUAGAUUUCCGCAAAUCUUUGAGACCUAGGCCAACUGGCUCAGAUACGCCCAAGACUCAAGAGCCUGAGUUCAAGAAUGUUUUUGGCACUCUUCGCAGGACCAAGACGCAGAACUAUGUGGCUCCUGACGAGUUGAAGGAUAAUAUCCUUCGAGGCAAGGCUUCCCUGAACCAAACUGGAGGCCCGCAAAAGACAGAACGAGUGGACGAAUUCAAGGAGGCCAUUUUGAAGAAAAAGGACGACUUUCAGAAAGCCCAGGCCGAAGGAAAAGGCAUCUCAAGGAGCAACACACCCACGAACGAUUCCCCACUUCCAGAAGGACUUGCUAGGAGAGCUGAAAUGGCAAGGAGAAAGUCCGUGGCUGACGUCAAGUCAACACUUGCAUCGAGUAAGCCAGAUUCGCCCAAGCCGACACCAGGUCCCAAAAGGAUGCACAGCCAGACCUUUUCUACGCCCAAGUCUGCUCCUAAACCAGCCCCAGAACCCGCUGACGAGGGUCUAAAGCGAGUAGUUACCGAUUCUAAAGCGAAACCGGAGGCACCACGAGGAUUACCAGGCCUGCACAAGGAAACGAGCUCACCUGGUAGACUGCAGGGGGGUAUAGGAGGUAAGCUCGCUGGACGGUUCAACCCGGCCCUCGCUGGUAUGCUCGCACGAGGACCGCCUCCCAUGGCUACCAACGGGGGCAAGGCCCCUGAAGAAUCCGAAUUCAAGGGGUCUGCCAGCGCAACGGUUACAGAACCCUCCACUCCUGGGCCGCAACUGACACAUAUGACUAAGGGUCGAGCUCGAGGUCCUAGGAGAAAGGCGCCAACCAAAGCUACUCCCUCAGCCGCCUCCGGAGCUGCAACAACUGAACAAGAACCUGCACAGGAAAAGCCCGUUCCCACACCGAAACCUAUCGAACCUGCCAAGGAGAAGCCCCUGGAACAAAACGUUGCUCCUGUCGAGAAAGCCGAGCCUACUCCCGCUCCUUUUUCUAUUCAACAGCAGGUCGCCGCUAAAGCCGCAAUCCAAAGAAAGCCUGUUCUUACCCAGUCCACAGCUGCGCCUCGAGAUAACGAGCCCCAGAGACCUUUAACUCGGGAAGGCCGAACCCCCUCAUUCCCCUCCAAGCGAUCUUCCAAGGCUGAAGUUACACCAAAUGACUUUCCUUCACCGUUGAGAAUCCAAAAGACCGGUGACGCUGGUUCACAGCCCGGCUCACCCAAGAAGCUGGACACCAACCGCAUGUCUCGAUUCCUUGAUCGCUCAAAUGAUGCACCAGAGCCUGCUAAAGAGCCAGUACGAUUGACUCAUCAACGUACAGGUUCUCGGUCUCCAGUCAAAAUGUUUCAACGUCAACUACCAGAGCCUGAGCCAUCGUCUCCAACAAAAGUCGACAGUGACCCAGUCGUCUCUGUAAAGAACGCUAGAGCCAUGUUUGGCAGCGCAGCCCCAGCCCCUUCGCCAUCUACAAAGCCUUCAUUGGAAAGAUCGGAGCCUGCCGUUCUCCAAACACCACCCAAAGCAUCCCCUCGUCCUCUUCCUCAGUCUGAGCACUCUUCGCCUCUACAAGUCAACAAGACGCCGUCUCGAGUGGCCACUCGCCCCCUACCUACACCCCCUAGCAAAGAGCCUGAGAUUCCCGCGCCUCAAACUCCAAAGGCCCAGCAAACGCCGUCUGCCCCACCAAAAACCCCCAGCCAGGGCAACGAUGUUGCAAGCUUGCUGACCGAUUUCUUUGGGCCGAAGCCUCCCAAGGCUGAGUACAAGGUAGAUGCUGCGGAGCUUUUGAUGAAUCGACCUCCAACAGGACCAACAAAGAUUCAGAGCCUCAGUUUCCAAGUUUUCCAAAUCUCAGCGGAGGGCAAGAAGACCCCGGUGGCGUCUCACUACGAGCGAACACUAUUUGAACGAGAGAUGUACGUUGCCCCCCAUAGCUUCACAAACGAAGCUGGAUGGAAGCGAUUGGAAAUCUACUUCUGGGUUGGCGAUCAAGUACCAGAGUCUGCAGCCGACGAUGCGCUUCUUUUUGUUCAGAAGGAAGCCAAAGCGUUGGGCGGCAAGGUAGUCAAGAUGCACCAGGGCAAGGAAACGACCGAGUUCCUUCAAGCUCUUGGUGGUGUCAUGUUGAUAAGAAGGGGCUCAAGCAACAAAUACGAUUCACUAGCACCCAACAUGCUCUGCGGCCGGCGUUAUCAGGGUCAGGUCGCUUUUGAUGAGUGCGACUUGACCACAGCAAGCCUAUGCGCAGGAUUUGUCUACGUUAUCACCAGUCAGGGUAAGGCCUUUAUUUGGAAGGGACGAGGAUGCGAUGUGACCGAACUCAGCGCCGCCAAGCUUGUCGCUAUCGAGCUCACACUCACUGGAGAGCUGAUCGAGGUUGAUGAUGGUGAUGAGCCCGAGUCAUUUUGGGGCCUCUUUGAGGGAAGAUCAAAGCCUCACUCUGCCGAUCAUUGGAGACUCAAGCCCAACUACUCCAAAUACUGCAGCAGACUCUUUUGCUCAGAUGCAGAGACACGACAGCAGGUCUUUGAGAUUGCGCCAUUCAACCAACACGACCUCUCCCCUGAACAUAUUUAUGUUCUCGAUGCUUUCUUUGAGAUGUACAUCAUUGUUGGCUCUCGUGCCCAGUCCCAGUAUUCAUCCUUCCGCAACGCUCUCGACUUUGCUCAAGAAUAUGCCAUUCUUGCUGCUGGCAUGGAGGAUCGUCCUUUUGUGCCUAUCUCGACUGUCGUACUUGAGGGCAUUCCUCGAGAUCUCAAGCGGGUUUUCCGAUUCUGGCGGGAUGAUCUGAACCCUACAGUCACCAACACUUCAACUUCUCUCAAGAGAGGUCGAAGUCUGAGGGUAGUAUCACUGACACAGGCACUGCAAGCACUUAGGGAGUAG